AUGGGAGAUGCUGAAGCAGGCAAGAAGAUCUUUAUUCAAAAAUGUGCUCAGUGCCACACAGUGGAAAAAGGUGGAAAACACAAGGUUGGUCCAAAUCUCUGGGGUCUUUUUGGACGAAAAACAGGACAAGCACCAGGAUUUUCUUAUUCAGAUGCUAACAAAAACAAAGGUGUUAUCUGGGGAGAGGAAACUCUGAUGGAAUAUUUGGAGAACCCAAAGAAAUAUAUCCCUGGAACUAAAAUGGUCUUUGCUGGUCUUAAAAAGAAGAGUGAGAGAGAAGAUCUUAUUCAAUAUUUGAAACAGGCAACAUCUUCAUGA